UGUGCUCGACGUUUAGAUGAGCCUGGAAGGAAAAUAGCAUUUUUCAGUCAAUAUUAACACCCUUGGCUCAUCACCAGCCAUGACAGACGCGGAGUUACAAACCUUUACAUCCAUCAUGGAUGCUCUCGUACGCAUCAGCUCCAAUAUGAAGAGCAUGGAGCGUGAGCUGCGCUGUCCGGUGUGUGAGGAGAUGGUGAAGCAGCCCAUAGUCCUGCCAUGCCUGCACAGCGUAUGUGUUUUGUGUGCGGCCGAGGUGUUGGUCCAGAGGGGCUAUCCUCCCCCUGAGUUACCCCCGGAGCCCAACACGCCUACGUCCAGUCCCAAUACCCGCUCGCCCCGUCAGGCCCGCAGACCCCCACCAAAAACCGAUCGCCUCGACCGUGUGCUCAGGACAGUUUGUGGAACAUAUCCGGGUCGUAGACGGAAGGACACCCCUGUUCUGAUCAUGAUGUUUCCCUGUCCAACCUGUCGUUGUGAUGUGGAGUUAGGAGAGCGAGGACUCAUGGACUGUCUCAGAAAUCUUACGUUGGAGCGCAUUGUGGAGAGGUACAGGCACACAGUCAGCUUGGGCAGCAUGGCAGUAAUGUGUCAGUUCUGUAAGCCUCCUCAGACCUUGGAGGCGACUAAAGGCUGCGCCGACUGCAGAGCUAACUUCUGUAAUGAGUGCUUCAAGCUGUACCACCCGUGGGGCACACCACGCGCCCAGCAUGAACACAUCCUGCCCACGCACUGCUUCAGGCCCAAGGUUCUGGUAUGUGUUGAGCAUGAGCAGGAGCGGCUACAGUUCUAUUGCCGGUCGUGCCAGCGUCUGCUGUGUGCUCUCUGUAAGCUCCGGCGGGUCCACAGUGGGCACAAGGUUAUGCCCAUCGCUCAGGCCCACCAGGCUUUAAAGGAUAAAAUCACCAAAGAGAUGAAUUACGUCUUGGCCAAUCAGGAGAUGGUACAGGCACAGAUCACCCAAGUAGAGAGUGCCAUCGCUCAGACAGAGGUGAACAGUGCGGUGGCUAAAGAGCAGCUGAAUCAGUGCGUGAGUGAGCUGCGGGGGGUGCUAGCUGAGAGGCAAGGAGCUCUGGCUAAAACUAUAGAAGGAGCCAGGGCUCAGAGAGCUGAAGCUUUAAACAGUCAGCUCUCAGAGAAACAGAGCCUGCUUGAAAAUGCUGGACUCCUCACCUACACACAGGAGCUACUUAAAGAAACUGACCAACCCUGCUUCGUCCAAGCUGCCAGAAUCACCCACAACAGGCUGGUGAAUGCGAUAGACAACUUGCAGCACUUUUCCCUCACUGCUGAUCCCUCAUUCCGACACUACCAUAUGGACGUCUCCAGAGAGCUCAAGCUGCUCUGCAGCAUGGAUUUCAUACAAGCUCCACUGGCUCCUGUAAUCGACACUCAGAAGACUCUGGCCUAUGACCAGCUCUAUCUGUGCUGGAGACUCCCUCAGGACUCCGCCCCUGCCUGGCAUUACUCAGUUGAAUAUCAAAGGAAAGUGGGAGGAGCCGGACCGCUGUGGGGCGGGGUCAAAUCUGAAGGCACGGGAGGUGGCAGCAGUCCAUGGCAGCGAUUGGAGGAGGUGGGUGGGACCAGUGCUGUGAUUGACAGGCUGGAGAUGGACAGUGUGUAUGUCCUGAGGGUGAGAGGCUGCAACAAGGCGGGGUAUGGGGAGUACAGUGAGGAGGUGUAUCUGCACACACCGCCCGCGCCAGUCUUGUCAUUUUGUCUGGACUCCCGUUGGGGUUUACAUGCAGAGCGGAUUGCUCUGGGUAAAGGUCAGACGUACGCCCGCAGCGUGCCCGGACUGACCCUUUUGCAGGCUGCUGACCGCGCCCUCACUUCCUGCCACUUGACUUCUGACCUCCUGGUGGCUGACGUGUCCGUCACUCAGGGCCGUCACUACUGGGUGUGCUCAGUGGAGCCCGGCUCCUACUUGGUUAAGGUUGGCGUUGGUCUGGAGGCAAAGCUGCAGGAGUGGUUUCACUUACCACAGGACAUGGCCAGUCCACGGUAUGACCCUGACAGUGGCCACGACAGCGGCGCUGAGGAUGCUCAGGACUGUCCUCCUCCGUUCUGUUUCCUGACUAUGGGCAUGGGCAAGAUUCUGCUGCCCAAGUCUGCCUCAUCUAAUGCAUCAUCUGCCCCUCUUACCGCCCCCCUGCCACCCCGCCUUGGGGUGUGCCUGGACUUCGAGAAAGGACGGGUCACUUUCUACGAUGCUCACUCCCUCCGGGUGUUGUGGGAGGGGACUGUUGAUUGCUCUGCCCCCAUCUGCCCUGCCUUCUGCUUCAUUGGUGGAGGGGCUCUUCAGCUGCAGGAGCUGAUAGCCAAUCGCAGCACGGAGCACACCCCACCCAGAAGAGUGACCAUCCAGUCACGUGCUACCAAUCUCAGUAACUGAAAUGACCACUAUGAUGAAUUCUUCAGGAUAAUCUUUAAUGACAAGCACCUUUAAAGUCUUUUUAUUUAAAUUUAUUUUUAUUUAAGAUCUUUUAUGCUUGUGUUUUUUUAUUUAUGCCUCACAGAUUUUAUAAUAAGGUUCGCUUAUGCAUUAUAUUGAGCAAUGCGUAGAUACUCCAGCAUGCUAACUAUGUACACGGCGAUAAUUAGAAGGCUAAAUAAUGAGAAAUCGAUUGACGAUGCUUAACAAAAACAAUGUAUGUCAAUCGGUGCAUGAAUGUUAUGAUUCAGCUUUAGGCAUAUAUAAAAAAGUAAGUAUAUAAAUGAAUGAUUUCUCAUUAUUUAUGACAUAUUUUUACAGAGUUAGCCUGUGAAGCACAUAAAAUGGGUACGUUAAUAAUUUGUAAAUAGAUUGAAAGUAUUUCUGAUUUUGUGCUUUUUAUAGGACUGUUUAAUUGCCUUGAAUACAUUUGGGUCUUCACUAGGCAAGAGAUACCUAGUUUUGUUUCUGUGUCAUAGUCACGAGAGUCCUGUUGACAUUUGUUCGUAACAAAACGUCUCCCUGACAUUACAUUGAUUGUAUCUACGAUACUUGGAACCAGGUUGUGUAAAGGUUUAAGCAUAUCGUUGCUGUCGUACAAAAACGUGUAUCUCCUGAAUGGUAACUAUAUAGUAGAAGUAACGUUACAAUGUAUGUUAAUGUAACAAGAUUUUAUUCAGUUUUAUUGGUCUGUUUGUUGUGAAAUGUUCACACAAUGUGAAUGACAGCUGGUGGUUUUUUAAAGAGUAACUACACUCCACUAUUUUUAGCCAAAUCCAUCCCUAGCUUAUGUUUGAAAAAUGCUCAAAAAAGGGAAGGGAUGGGAUGGGAGACUGCAGUGAUGUUCGGGUUUGGAGGCGGGGCUGGGAGGGAAACUGGGUUGGCUGGACUGCUGUGUUUUUAAAGCUAAUGUUAGCUACCAAAAAAUAUGGAGAAUGACAGAAUCAAAUGGCACUUUUGCAACUGAGAGGUCUUACAAGGUUGAUGAUUUUUCUCUACUACCAUCCAAAUCUUAAACAGGGGAAGGUGUUUCUGAUCAGGCAGUGCAUCUUGAGCCUUAACAGUAUGAGCCAUGGACUCAAGCUGCUAAAGAGUUAACAUAGUACCAUAAAAUAAGCAACAGCGAGUGGCAGAGGUGCCUAACAGUAGAACAUUCUCUUAAACCGUGACAGCUUGCUUCUAAUUAUCUAUUCAGCAGGUCCAUAUUUGAUCAAACAAAGAAAAAAGGUUGAGAAAGGCUGUACGGACGAAAGGUUGACACAGUUGGUAAAAAUGGCCACUUAACGUUAACCUUUCCUGAACCGUUUCGCUUUCCAUAGAUCCAGUGUUGAUUACUGUUAGUGUCUGUUUAGUGAGUGCGCACACCUGAGAGUUGAGUUGGGAAGGGAGACCUGAAUUGGAUGCAGCACCUGCAGGUUUAUGAAAUGCUCACUUUAUUGGUGCUUCAAGAUACCUACUUAUACGUAUCAGUAAAUGUGCUAAUGAUAACAUCUUUAAUACAAACUAAGCUCAGAUUAACUGGGUUAUUUACAGUUGUUACAAACAUCUGCCAUAUUGCAGCUUUGUGAAGUGGUGCUGAGGGUAUUUAGCCCAGCCUGUGAGUGUGGUUGUCUCCUCGGUCUCGGCUCCUGUGCUUUCAUAUUUAUGCAUGAGUAGGGUGUCAUCAAGAGCCAGUAACGUUGACUGAUUUGCAUACCGUGAUGUGUCAUAGUACUUUGGUACAAAGACACGUCAUCCGCACCUGUAGCAGAAUUGAAACGGAGGGGUGCUGCAGAGGCAGAACUGACCAUGAUACAUUUCAAGCAAAGCUGGUAUUUUUUAUUAUAGAGCAGCGCAUUUCAUCUGUUAAUAAAAAUAAGGUCUUAGGGUGUAGUUACUCUUUAAACAAAAGAAAGGUGCAGUCUGUUUGAUACACAGUCUUUUGGCAAGUUCUCCAAGAUUUUUGAAGUUUCUCAAUGAACAGAGUAGCAGAAAUGGUAAAAAUAUGUAUCUUUUCUUAUCAUUUAGUGCCAACAAGUGCAUUUCGACUCUGGCGACCACAGGGACAGCGUUUCUCUUCUGUUUGGGUCUUUAGGCUUCUGAAUAGCUGUUUCAUGUUUCCUCUGAUUGUAUCCAUUUAUAUUGUAGCUGGUUGUCCUCUUCAUCUGUUACCUUCAAGCCUAAUGGCCAGUUCUUCUUUAAAAAUAUAUACAAAAUCAUAGAGCUUCAAUUUGGCCACCUGGGCUUCGAGUGAGACAUGAGAUUUGAUUUGUUUUAUUUGCCAUCCAAGGUAUCCUCAAAAGUCUUUGCCAACACCAAAGUUCAGACAUCAAUAUUUGUACUGUCUUGCUUGUUUAUUUCCCAGUUUUCCCAUCCAUAAAGAACCUAACUGAAGACCACAGCCCUGGACAAUUCUGAUUUGUUGCACUUGAAGAACUUAUCAAGCUCUUUCCUUCUCCAUCUGCUGAGGUCCAGUCUGUGUCUUACUGGAACAUUUGUUGAUUACAGUAGGCAAAAGGUGUCCACCAUUUGUACAUGUUCUCCAUCAGUGGUAAAGUUAGCAGUCUUUCCUGUUGUCAUAACUUCUUUUUCUUAAGUCUUCCUGGUGUUGAGCUGAAGUACUAUAUUUUCACUGUGGUCCAAAAUAACUGGGAAUGAAAUCUUGUUACAUUAAACAGUGUUAUGAAAACACUGUAGUUUGGGGGGAAGAACAUGCCUGAAACCAAAACCUUCUUCUAGAUACAGUUCAAUGCCCUAUGCCCAUGACAAAGUUCUUGAAGUCCCCACCACCACCACCCCAUCUCUUCCCUAUGCCUCAGUCCUAUGACAGUUUUAGCACUUACAAUGGGGGUCUGGCCUUCUAGCUUCAGGCAGUAGCCACAGAGAACCACAUCCCAGGUUCUCAGAGUUCUCUGCCUUCCUCAAUAAUUCUUCCCUCAUACUACCACCACCAUGUUGAAGGCACGGUCCAAACUCGCAAACGAUGGUUAAGAAGCGUUCUAGCCAUACUGUUGUUGUGAUAACAGCACAACAACUGUAUUAUUCCACUGAGCACUGCUUGCCAAGUAAUGACUGCUAACGCUUCUACUUUUUCAUAUGCAUAACCAAAAAAUUUAAUUCAUAUUUGACUCUCUCCUUUAUUUCUCAUGAACAGACCUACAUUUUCUCACCCCUGAGAAAACGGCAGCAAACGACAAUUAGAUAUAUUUCAAAAAUGUCCAUCCAUUUAUGGCAUGAAGUCCAAGAGAUUGUAAUUUGGGAGGAAAUGGCCCUCUGUCUCCACCUAUCCUUUAGCACAUUGCUAGCCACAAGAGACAUCAGUUAGCUAACAUAAUAGAAUUAGCUGGCAGCAUUUUCCUAUGUUGGACAGGACUAAACUGAGGAGAAAUCUGUAAAAAAUCCAAAAUAACAAGGAUAACUAGAAAUGUGCCUUUCCUGAAGGAAACGCAGGAUAGUUGCACAGCGGAUACUAUGGAAGUCUAUGCGAGAAACAAGGGAUGGAAUAAAAGAGUGAAUUCGUGCUUGGGGGCUGCCCUGAGGUAGUGUAUGUGAAACGGUGUCGUUCGGGCAAGUAGAAAUACAGUACAUUGUAAUGCAAUUUUUCACCCCAUUCAUUGUCAAUGUAAACUCAGUGCUACCUUGAAAGAAGUUCCACCUUAAAAGCAGUUCCGCCUUAAAAACAUCAUUAUGUGUGCUGGUAAUGCUGAGAGUUAGCCUGGGAGCAGGUGAGACAUUGAGCUCCGUGCGUGAGUUUGUGUGUGUUGUGGGAGAGAGGGACCCAUUGUGACAUCAUGUCUGGCAAGGUGCCAACAGGCUCCCCAUUCGUUUUCAAUGGGAUAAAAAUUUCCAGAUUUUCGGCUCCUACACGGAAUCCGUGCAUCCGAUCAAAAAGCUGUAUACAAGCACACGGCAGAAAAAUAAGAAUAAAAAGAAGAAGAAUAUAAAUUGCGCAUUGCUUUGAGAUUCCCUCAAACCAAAUUUUAUCUUGUUUUCGCAGCUUACUUUGUUUAAACAUUUUUGAUUUAGUUUUUGAAGCUCUUCACUGUGAUCUGUCUUCAUUAAGGGAUGUGACGAUGUGUAAAAAAAAAAAGACCAACACUGCAAUCUCCUCAGUCAAAUGUCAUUUCGCUGAUUCUGUUCUGAAGU